AGAAACAGGAACUGGGAGGAGUGGUCCUGGGCUGGCUGCCUGCGGAUUGUGCUGGCUGGCUUGGUGCGCAACAGGCGGAAACUACCUGUUUAACGCACCUUGGCGCUGCGCGGCUGCGGAACUCGAUUCUUUUAUCUCCUUCCCGGCUGCGGUGGGGGAAAGGGAAACUCGCCAGAUCCCUCGGCUGGGCACAGCAUCCGAAGCCGACGCGUCACAAGAGAUCCUCUUGCAAGCAGAAUCAUUCGCCCAGCCUGAAUAAUUCACGCUCGCCUCUCCAGCGCCAGACAAUGCCCGCCGUCGACAGGCUUCGCCUGGAAGAGGCUUUGCAGGAUAGCCCGCAGACCCGUUCUUUGCUGAGUGUGUUUGAAGAAGAUGCGGGGACGCUUACAGAAUACACUAACCAGUUGCUUCAAGCAAUGCAGCGAGUUUAUGGGGCUCAGAAUGAAAUGUGCCUGGCAACCCAGCAGCUCUCCAAGCAGCUUCUGGCGUACGAGAAACAGAACUUUGCCCUGGGUAAAGGAGAUGAAGAAGUGAUAUCCACCCUUCAGUACUUUUCAAAAGUUGUGGACGAGCUUAACAUUCUGCACACCGAACUGGCCAAGCAGCUCGCAGACACUAUGGUUCUCCCCAUCAUCCAGUUCCGUGAAAAAGACCUUACAGAAGUAAGCACUUUGAAGGAUCUCUUCAGCCUUGCCAGCAAUGAGCACGACGUCUCUAUGGCAAAGUACAGCAGGCUACCCAAAAAGAGAGAGAAUGAAAAGCUAAAGGCGGAAGUUGCCAAAGAGGUAGCCAGUGCCCGGAGGAAGCAGCAUCUCUCAUCGCUACAGUAUUACUGUGCCCUUAAUGCUUUACAGUACCGCAAGAGAAUCGCCAUGCUGGAGCCCAUGCUGGGAUACACGCGGUCCCAGAUUAAUUUUUUUAAGAAGGGAGCCGAGAUGUUCACCAAAAAAAUGGACAGCUUUCUAUCUUCAGUCUCAAGCAUGGUUGAAAGUGUACAGGGAGAGUUGGACACUGAGGCAGAAGCUAUGCGGGUAUCUCAGCAAGAUCUGCUUUCGGUUGGCGAAUCGGUGUACACGCCUGACUUCGACGCAGCGUCGCCUCUCAUCAACAGAAACCUGAUUCAGAAGGCUGGCUACCUUAACCUUAGAAACAAAACAGGCCUGGUGACUACAACUUGGGACAGACUGUACUUCUUCACUCAAGGUGGGAACCUGAUGUGCCAGCCCAGGGGAGCUGUUGCCGGGGGACUGAUCCAGGAUUUGGACAACUGCUCUGUGAUGGCAGUCGACUGCGAAGACCGACGUUACUGCUUUCAGAUCACCACUCCUACAGGGAAACCAGGGAUAACCCUUCAGGCAGAAAGCAAGAAAGAAUAUGAGGAGUGGAUAUGUGCAAUCAACAACAUCUCUCGGCAGAUCUAUCUUACCGACAAUCCCGAAGCCGUUGCCAUCAGACUGAAUCAGACAGCGCUGCAAGCCGUGACGCCAAUCACAAGCUUUGGGAAGAAGCAGGAAAAUCAACCCCCCAGCCAGGAUGUGAAGAAUGUGGAGAUGCAGAAUGACUGGGCAGCCCCAAACGAGCCAGCCAGCAUUCCAGAACCCACUGAGUUAAUUGCGCCCGGAACGCCAAUUCAGUUUGACAUUGUGCUUCCCGCAACGGAGUUCCUGGAUCAGAACAGGGGUGGCAGGCGCACAAACCCAUUUGGAGAGUCAGAAGAUGACAAGAAAGAGGAUGAGGCAGAUUCGCUCUUGCAGCAGAUGUUUGUAGUCCGUUUUCUAGGAUCGAUGGCGGUCAGAUCCGACCACACGGUUGAGGUGAUCUACGAAGCAAUGAGGCAGGUGCUGGCGGCUCGGGCCAUCCACAACAUUUUCCGUACAACGGAGUCCCACCUCUUGGUCACCAGCAACGACUUGAAAUUAAUAGAUCCGCAAACCCAAGUUACGAGGACAAGUUUUGAACUUGCCAGUGUGACACAAUUUGCUGCUCAUCAAGAAAACAAGAGACUGAUUGGGUUUGUGGUUCCCAUCUCCGAGUCCCCAGGCGAAGAGUCCAUGAGCGCUUAUGUAUUUGAGAGUAACACCGAAGGCGAAAAGAUUUGUUAUGCAAUAAACCUCGGGAAAGAAAUAAUUGAAGCUCGCAAGGAUCCGGAAGCACUAGCUCAGUUAAUGUCAUCUGUGCCACUAACCAAUGAUGGGAAGUUCGUGCUCUUGAAUGAGCAGUCAGAAGAGGACAACACAGUACAGGGAGAUGGGCAGGAGGAGUCAGAAGCAUAAGCUGUAUUUUUUUAAAAGUAGAAGUGGUGUUGCACAUAAUAGCCCACACUCUCUCAACUAUCCAAUGUGAGUACUUAAGAGAUAGCAUGUGGAGAGCUUGGUCUGGAUUUCUGGUGUGGUAAACUGACAAUCUUUGAAAUUCUUUCCCAGCAACGAGCAUGGUCACUUACUGAUGGCUACCAGUGAUAGUUAAAUGUGUUUGCUUCUGUGUGAAGUUUUUAGGCUCUGUUGUACUUCUAAGAGGGAUAACAGGAACACUAUUUUGAGCUAGGCGGUUUACAGAUCUAUUUGAUAAAUCACUUUCCUAUUAUCUAUUUUUAUACUUUAAUACUGAAAGCUUACUCUAGAUAAUAUCUCUUAAGUGCCUACCAUUUUUGCAAGGACCAUACUUGUAGAGUCAGUAAAGCAGGCACUCUGCCCUAAAAUGAGGUGGCAGGUAGACUAGCAGCUACAUGCCUUAACCUCCUCAUAAGUCUCAGCCGCUCACAUGAGCCAACUAAACCUUUUCUUUUUCAUACUGAUCUACAAGGUUGGGUUAGUGCCCUUCUAGGUUUAACACGAAGGAGGCUUGCUCAAGAGUAAGCCCAGUUCAGUGGGGGGUGUGUGUUUAUAACCUAGGUGGAGGCAGCCUGAGAUGCACUUGUGUGACUUAGAAAAGAAAGCAGAUGUCAAGACUGCAUGGCUCUCCAUACAAGGACCAAACUAAGCCUAUUAUUGUCUGUAUGAUCUUACCAGUGUGACAUUGAUGCUUCUGGGAUGAGCAGUACUGUAGUGGGAGAUGUUCUGGGUUUACUAUCUUAAAUUCAAGUAACAUUCAAGAACAGAGCCAGCUCUAAUGAAGUUCACCUGAUUCCCUGACCCUGGUGGAUAUUUUUAAUGUUAACAAGCAGGGUCCACAUUUUGCAAUGCAACUAUUUAGCAAUAAUGCUAGAGUAAAGUCUUAUUUGAACUAAA